UGCGAGGGCGUUUUUAGUUUUCUGGACAACCAGGCACCUUCCCAGGCAACCCGGCACCGCCAUGCGCCGUGCCAUGCGCCACUUACCAUGGCUAGCCAUCCUGUGGCCGAGUCACGCAGAUGAGUUGAAGAUGGAAAACGGCAUGAGGCUGGAUCUGGCGAUGCGAGAAAGCUUCUUCGCAGAAGAUCCCCUGUGGCCCCCAGAAGAGGAGGUGUGGAACGCCUGGCCGAGGGGCUCUCCACAGCGUCUCAUGUUGGAGGAAGUCUUCACUGCCAUCAUCCGCUUGUAUGCAAAUAUGCAAGGGCUACUGACAGGGCACUGGGAGACGUUCUACUCCUUGGCCUGGCCUCACGCCGAGCGGAACUUCCCCCAGUCCCAGCGCUACUUCUGGGGCGACGUCCCUUUGAAGCAGCUCAAGGUGGAGCAGCACUUCAAGCGGCUCUAUGCUGGCUAUCGCUGGGCCAUCAGGCGUGCCGUCCUGCGCCUGGACAACAGCACCUGCGCCCGGCGCGCGUCGCGGGCCGCGGCGCGGCUCGCCGCGGCGGGCCGCGGUGGCGUUCUGAGCAAACAGGGUCUGUUGCAGUUCCGAGUGCGCGUCGUGGACGAGUUCUUUGGGUUCUACGCCCUGCUGGCGGCCGGCACUUGGAGCGCUGCGCUGUUGGAUGGCUGCGACGCGUGCGAGGUGCGGUAUCACACCACGGAAGAGAUGAAGUUGGAGAGGUAUUCUCGCCGCAGUGUCCUUCAUCAGCUGCUGAAUACAGUGGCCCACAAGGACACCCAGCGACGGCAUUGUGUAGAGUUGGUUCAGAUUGGCUUUGGGAGCGGUCGCACAGAUGCCUGGCUUCUGGAGUCCAUCCCGUGUCUCCAUAUGCUCUCAGUGGACAUCCAAGCGAAGCCUUUGGCCAACGAGUUGAGAAGGACCUUCCAGAAUCGCAGCAACUUCUGGCAGAUGAGCUCCGUCCAGGCUGCCGAGCGCUUCGCACGCUCUGGCAGAAGGGCGGAUCUCGUCUUUGUAGAUGGCUCCCAUAGUUACCAGGACGUCUACCUGGACUUGCGGUCGUGGUGGCCCCUCGUGCGCCCCCAUGGCAUCCUGGCGGGCCACGACUACAGCGGCUACGACGCAGGCGUCGUGGCGGCUGUGAACGAGUUCGUGAGCGAGAAGAAGCUCGAGCUCCACCUGAGUGUGGACCAUAUGUGGUGGCUCCAUGUGCCGCCGCGUCGAGACCCGCAGCGCGGGGGAGGUGGAACCGCAAAAAGGGCGCCAACCUGAACCGCCAGGGAAGUGGGUGUUUGGUGCGUGGUUGGCGCGUUUUGUG